AUGACCGGCGCGGCUGGAUUCUUCUUCCCCGAACACCUCGCCACGUGGAUCCUUCCCAGACAGCAGGGCUUCCUUCCUGGGCGCUCCAUUCUGGCGAACCUCUUGGAUGUGGACACGUCGAGCAUUAUCACGUCGCUCCAGGAGGAGCACGAGGCAUGCUUGCUCAUGGACUUCGCGUUGGUUCUCAUGGACCGCAUCGAGCAGGAUUGUCCCGACGCCCUCGUUCGUGCCUGCGCAGACGGCACGGCUCUCGUGCUGACGGAACACUUCGGCCAGUCGACCUCGUGCCGCAGCAUUUCCCAGACGCGCAACUCCGAGCUCGGGCGUGGGAUCCGGCAUUCACGGCGGCCCACUAUCAGCGCGAGGUACGUGACUUUCAACAAGCUCUUGCACGUCCGAAAUAUCUACACAACCGCGCAGGUCGGCCAGCUGGAGGAGUUCUUCGGCGGCAGCGACUCCGCCACCCCCUGCCUGUCCAUCUGCAACAUAUCGGACGACGCCACGCCGCGAGAGGUGCACGUCCUCUUCAGCGGCUGCCCAGGCUACAUCAAGUCGUUCCUUGCCUACGACUCGACAGACAAGAGGUUGUGGGGAGUCGUCCACUUCGAAUCCGAGGAGAACGCGGAGCAGGCGGCGGAGUCGCGAAAAGGCACGACGUGGGACGGGACCCGCGCGAUCAGGAUCGACCUCGGGCAGCCCCCCUGGAUGGCGGCGGACGGAGGCGUGGAGCUCAAGGUCGUGCUCCGGGACCGCCAGAAGUGCGCCGGCGUCGCCCCCGUGCGGGUGAGGCCAGAGCUCAUCACGCCGGCCGCGCAGCAGGCCUACAGGCGGCUCGCCGCCGCAGUGGAGGGAAGGAAGGCGGCCGAGCUGAAGGAGGCCAUCGCGCAGGGCCAGGCCGCUGGUCUCGCAGACUUUGAGCUCAAGCCUGCCAAGGACGCGCUGUCUUGCAUGAACACCAAGAGGUGUGUGAACACGGCGGCCGCUUGCGAGCAGCGCGCGUACGCCAUGAUGAAGAAGGCCCUGGCCUCCAGCCUGGACCCGCGAGCAAGCGCCUCGCCGCUCCAGAUCGAGGCGCUGCACAACGCCAAGCGGGUCGGCGAGGAGGCCGCCCAGAUCUGCAACACCGCGGGCCUGAACCGGGGGGAGCGGAGGAUGAAGACGCUCAGCAGGGAGAUCGGCGAGCGGCUGCAGGCGCUGGAGGGCUCGACGGCCGCGCCCGCGACGCCGAUCCGGUGA